AUGGCAAUGAUCCGUGUAAACACCUUGCUUAAUUAUACCGAACAUAACAUGAAACACUACGAAGCGGCAAAUACUACCACGGUCAACAUCACUUACUAUCUAGCUACUUUAAUCAACGUUAGGAAUAGUAUUAUAGAUUUGCGCCAAGAAAUUAGCGAUAUACAAACUGGUUAUCAGCUACAUGAAGAAAAUCACCUUGCUCAUUUGUGUGUUGAGCUAACACAAUGGGAACAGUGGACACAAGACUGGGUGAAAAAGAUGGAUGAUUAUAUGAGGGACUAUCAGUGUACUAAUUAA